AUGGCUCCUAUCACUCGAAGAACCGCGUCUGCUAUCUCUGAGAAUGCAAGUGGAGAUGACAUUACUGCGCGUUUGAAUGUUUCCGAUGGAGCUGGAGACGUUGGGCAUAAUGGGGGCUCUGCUGCUUCUGGGGCUGAAUCUGGGGAGAACAAUCUUCCUCAAAAGGUGGUUGUUGAAUUUUUUGGCUUUGCUCUUGUGGGUGCAAGCGACUGA